CAAAUCCGCCCGUCAGGCCCCAAAUUCCAGAACUACCCCUAUAAAACUAUUCAAUUCCCUUCCUUCCCUCUUCCCCCAAACCCUUGAAAUUCCCUUCUUGUCCUGAGACAAACACUUGGAGAGACAGCGCAAUGGAAGGAGCAGCAGCUCUCUACAACCCGCGAACAGUCGAGGAGGUUUUUAGGGAUUUCAAGGGCCGCCGAGCUGGUAUGAUCAAAGCCCUGACAACUGAUGUUGAAGAAUUCUAUCAGCAGUGUGAUCCAGAGGAUCAAAUGGUUAUUGGAGGGGGAGAGAAGGAGAAUCUGUGCCUUUAUGGCUUUCCUAGUGAGCAAUGGGAAGUCAAUUUACCUGCUGAAGAAGUGCCCCCAGAGCUCCCAGAGCCUGCACUGGGAAUCAACUUUGCGAGAGAUGGCAUGCAAGAAAAGGACUGGCUAUCUUUAGUCGCUGUCCAUAGUGAUGCAUGGCUGAUUGCCGUUGCCUUCUAUUUUGGUGCUAGAUUUGGAUUUGAUAAGGCUGACAGGAAACGGCUCUUUAACAUGAUAAAUGAUCUUCCAACAAUUUUUGAAGUGGUGACUGGUGCUGCAAAAAAACAAGUGAAGGAAAAGCCAUCUGUCCCAAAUCAUGGUAGCAACAAAUCCAAGACGAACCCCAAAAUGCAGCGGGCAGCAGAAUCUCAGGGAAAAGAUUCAAGGGCCUCACAGGUAAAGGAUGAGGAUGAGGUCGUGGAUGAGGAAGAUGAGGAGGAUGAGCAUGGAGAGACCUUGUGUGGAGCAUGUGGGGAGAAUUAUGCGUCAGAUGAAUUCUGGAUUUGCUGUGACAUCUGCGAGAAGUGGUUCCAUGGCAAGUGUGUAAAGAUUACGCCCGCCAGGGCCGAGCAUAUUAAGCAGUACAAGUGUCCAUCCUGCAGCAACAAGAGAGUUCGCCCUUGACGUUGCCAAGUGGUGCGAUCCCUUUCUGUCUCUCUUUGGUUAGUUUUAGUUUUAGUUUUAAAAACUAGUGCAACUUGUGAAUGCGUCCUUUGGUUUAGGGAUCUCAAUUUUGGACAGUUUUGUAGUUUGGAUCUCCCCUGUUUAGCUUCACACGUCUUGUAAUAUUUACAAGUUUUAGAAAUACCGUCUAUUUGUAGUG